CGACACAGGGCAAGUCGGAAGGAGGAACAGCCCGGUCCUCUCCGGAUACCAUUCCGGGUUUUGUGAGCGUCCGUCAGCGGGCUCCUCACUGCCUCUAGCUGGUUGUUACUCAACUCCUGUCCUGAUAUCACUCCGCUGGCAUGGUGGAGAAGCGGACUUGAUUAUUGUGAUGGUGGCAGGCGGCAGCCAGUGACUACAGACUUCCGCCACUGCUUCCCAUCUCAGCGAUUUACGCCGUCUGGGCUACUAUAGUCGCUUCAUUACCGGACUACCGAGGGCGCUUGUGCUCUUUCCCCCAACUCAACUACAUCUUCACCGGGAUUUCUUUCAAACCAAAACCAUAUGAGAUGCAAGUUCAUUGGGAAACUCCGGAGCCCGUUCGGUUCAAGCAGCAAAACUUUUUCUCAAAGAACAACACGGUAAAACGGCGAGUGGACUGUUGCUGCUGCUGCCACUGCUGGCCCUCCGCGGGACGGUUUGUGUGUAUAUGACCGUAGAGUGCCUGCUAACGUUCAUACCUUCACGUUAUUGUUGUUUUUUUUUCCAAUGGAGUUGUUAGCAGCGUGGCAGUGGCUUUAUUGUUAAAUUCACUUUGAGUCUUGCUGUGCUCUCGCUCAGGCUGGGUUUUAUUUGUGUUUUCGGGAGCGGUUUGUUUGGAAACAGUGCCGAGGAGGGAAGAAGAAACGGUCACUCGCGAGUCCUUAACCAUAUGACUGCUAGGCUCGUAGCCCUUUAAACCUUCCCGGUUUUUGCUCGCUUCGGCGGCUGUUGUCGGUCCUCUCUUUCGGUCGUUGCCCGGGUGCUGGGGUCCCUUCGCUGGGGAAGACAGAGCGGUAGAGGACACUAGGUGGUGGAGGUGGAGGUGGCCGGAGGAGGAGGGGGUGGUGGUGGCGGUGGCGGUGAGCUUGACGGGGAGAAAAGUUCUUCCAAAAUAGCAGCCACUCGGCCCAGUGAUGGGGGACUUCGCCUCCCCCGCUGCCGGACCCAACGGCAGUAUCUGCAUCAACAACAGCAUGAACCCUGCCGCCGGGAGCGUGGUACCCGCCGGGGCGGUGGGCAUAACUAAGCACAGCACGGUGGUGGAGAGGCUGAGGCAGCGGAUAGAGGGCUGCCGGAGACACCACGUAAACUGCGAGAGCAGGUACCAGCAAGCCCACGCCGAGCAGCUGGAGAUAGAGCGGAGAGAGACGGUCAGCCUGUACCAGCGGAGUCUGGAGCAGAGGGCCAAGAAGUCGGCCGGUGGCAGCAGUAAGCAGCCGCAGAGCAAGCAGCCGGACGCGGACUCUGCCUCCUCCACGGAACAGAGGAAUAACACGCUCAUAGCGCUGCAGGAGACUGUAAAAAGGAAAUUGGACAGUGCACGAUCGCCCCUCAACGGAGAACAGAAUGGCAUCUGUGACGGAGGCAGCUACUCACCCACUACUAAACGAGUACGGAAGGAGGGCUCCGGGGGGUUGGACUCACUAACAGGUCUCCCUAACAACAACAAUAACAACAAUGUACCGCCCAUCUCUCCACUGCAUCACCAAAUGGACAUUAAGCCCAUACUUGGCGGGCCCAACACUUCCACAGGGAACAACACUACAAACAGCAACGGCAACCAUGUAGGCCAGGCGUCAGAUGAGCUUGGGAAGAACGGUGGCAGCCACCUCCCGGACAUGAAGUUAAACGGUUCGCUGGACCUGGAAGACAGCUUCAGCCUCCUAAAAGACCUGAAACAGGAGCCACUGGAUGAUGGAGGUGGGAUGGAGUCCUCUGAUCCCCAGUCGCUUUCCAAUCAGAACAAACUGUUUUCUGACAUCAACCUCAAUGACCAGGAGUGGCAGGAGCUGAUCGAUGAGCUGGCCAACACUGUGCCAGAGGACGAUAUGCACGACCUCUUCAAUGAGGACUUUGAGGACAAGAAGGAGGCAGAGUUUGGCAGGCCAGCAAACAAUCAGACACCAGGCCCACAGGAAGCAGCUGGGAAUACGACGGCACCUGGAGGGGGGGCAGCGCCAACAGCGGCCCUGCCUCCUCCUCCUCAGCCUCCACAGGGAGUGCCACAGGUUCCCAUGGGCUCACCGCAGGUCCGACCAUCUUCAUCAGGCCCUCAGUUUGCCACCACUGCCAAUGGAACGCCUCCACAGCAACCUUUGCAGCAGUCUCCAGCUGUUGCCAUGGCAUCAGGUUCCCCAUUGCACAACUGUGUGGCUCGCUCCCCUCAGACCCCAACCCAGGCUCAGACGCAAGCAGUGUCCAGGCCUGGGAAUGGGUACAUGAUGAACCCAGGUCCAGGAGUCAGUCAGGCUGGCACAGGACCCGGCGCAACUGGGGUAGCCCCUGGAGGUCAGCCUGUAGGGCCAGUGACACCUGAACUUUCUCCAGCAGAGCAGCUAAAAGCAAUGGCUCAGCAACGUGCUAAACUGUUGCAGCAGAAGCAGCAGCAGCAGCAACAAGCAGCUAAUUGGUCCCCUGCAGGGCCUCCAACCAGCCCCUAUAACUCUGGUCCCUUUAACCAAGACAAACCCAACAGCCCCAUGAUGUACCCACCGCAAGCCUUUAACACACCACAGGGCCCUCUAGUGGCUGGGAUGGCCCCCAACAAUGGGCCUAAGGCCCCCAUGAACAACUACCUCCCUCACAACCACAUGGGCAUGAUGGGCCAACAACAGCCAAACAGCAUUAGCCAGAAUGCCCUGUCCAAACAGCAGCAGCAACAGCAGCAGCAAACAGCAGCCAUGUUGUCCUACAACAACACCAAACCACUGAGUCACUUCAGUGGUAGUGGGGUUGAUCACAUAGGCCAGAGGAUGACUCCACCCAUGGGAGGGAACAAUCAGGUCAAGAACCCCAUGAUGCCUCCCUACAUGGGUGGUGGGGGAGGUGGCAGCCAGGGCACGGGGCCAGGACAGACCCAGGGGCCAAUCCCGGGACAGACAGCCCACCUGAGUGAGGAGCAGAAGAGGAUGUUGCUGAUGAAGCAGAAAGUGUUGAACCAGAACAUGCCCUACAGCGCCAUGCAGCCUCAUGGACAGGAACAGGGCGUGGUGGGAAUGUCACGACCACCAGGCGCCAUCCCGCCUCCUCACCCUGCUGGCGGUGUGGCCUCAGGUGUGGGGCCCAACCAGGGGUCAGGUCCACCUCCGGGCUACGUGGGCAACCAGCAGCAGGCGGCCAUGAUGAAACAAAUGAUGGCGAUGGAGCAGGAGAAGCGGGUACAUAUGCACAUGAUGGAGCAGCAGAAACAGCAGCUCUUCAGAGAGCAGAGACAGCAGCAGCAGCAGCAGCAACUACUGGCCGAACAGCUCCAACAGCAGCAGCAUCUCCCCAGACAGAUGGGCCAGAGCCAGAGGAAUCCAUAUCCCCAAGUCAACCAGUACCAAGGUCCUCCUCAGGAUCUGGCAUCCAGGAGUCAGGCUCUCCAGAACAUUCAGAACAUUCGGGCUGCUCGUCUCCUACAACAGCAGCAGCAGAACCAGCAGCAAAUGGUCCAGAUGAGUUCUGUUCAGGGCCAGGGGGGCUCAGUGGGACCCCAAACUGACAUGGGCUUACCCUAUGGCAACCAGGGGUCCAACCAGGGUUCCCUGUAUGGGCUCAACCCCUCCAUGAGCCAAAUGAUCCACCAGCAGCAGCACCAGAGCCAAAGUGUCCAAGCCUCCUUGGGUCUUCCACCACAGCACAACCCUGCUGGAGGGCCACCCCGACAGGCAGGAGCAGGUCCUGGGGUCACAGGUAUGCCUGGAGGCCCAGGAGGUGGUGGAGCUGGAGGGUAUGCAGGACAGGGGAUGUUAGUGAACUCAAUGACCCAGCAACCCCUCAAAGGCCCUCCCAAUGCCAAAGCCCAAGCACAGAGACUGCAAAGCAUGCUGGGAGCAGGAGGAGGCAAUGGAGGAAUGGCUGCAGGUGGCUGGCCGCAGCAGCAAGGACAAAGUCUGCAGGCCAUGGGGGGAGGAGUCGGAAGGACUACAGGAGGAGGGGGAGGAGACAUGGUGGCAUUCAGCUCCACCCAGGGUUAUGGGAUGCAGCCGGGUCAAAGCCCGCGCAUGGCAAAGCAACACUUUCAGGGUCCAGGUCAGGGGAUGAGCCAGGGAAUGGACCCCAGACUGGGCAAUCCAGCAGCCGGCAUGGGUGGCCCAAUGAUGGGCCCUCACAUGGACGGUCAGCCAAGGACCAACCAGCCCCGGCCCAUGGUCAUGAACCAGGGGAUGAAUCAGGGGGUGAUGGGCCAGGGGAUGACCGGGUUGGGAGGGUUCGGGCCAGGUCCUGGGGGGCCUGGAAUGGGGGCAGGGGCAGGAGCAGGCGGACCCUAUGGAUCAGGGGGAGUUGGGGUUGGAGGUCAGCCAUCGGGCUACCAGAGAACAGCCAAUCAGGACAUGUCAUCCUAUGGUUAUGGGGGCGGGCCCUCAGGGGGAGGAGCUUUUGGAUUGGGCGAUGGCUCAGGAGCGGAGCUGGACUCAAGCGAUGGUUGGAUGGAGGAGUUUUUCCAAAGCCAAUAGCCAACGGGAAAACUGGAGAUGAGUUUUUACUGGAUUAAAGCAGGACAAAUGCUAAAAUCUGAGAAAGAAAAACAAAGGAGGAGGACAUGAUGUGGACAGACAUGUUUUUGACUGGUAAAACAUGAGAAAGGUUAUAUAUGAGUUCUUGUUUAAUGUUUGUGUGUGUGUGUGUGUGCGUGUGUAUGUAUGUGUGUCUGAGAGGGAGAGACAGAGAGAGAGUUGAAGUGAGCGAUCAUUAUGUCUUGUGCAUAUUAAUGAAAAACCAAUAUAGAGAUUAAGAGGUGUGUUUCAUUAGUUUUCCUUUUUUCUCUACGGAAUGAUUUUUUUUCCUCAUGUUCCCAUGUUUGAAAGUGAGCCCCGUUUACAGCAGCGCUUUGAGCCCAAGCCUCAGCAGGGACUGAUUGAACACCACAGACUGAUGAAGGGGAAGGAAGACUUGUUCUCAAGACAGCAAUUUAUUUGUGUUUGUGUUUUUGUGCCACCCAGCUCAGUGCUUCAGAUCUCCCAACUAUGCGAGGAGCUGAAGGGAGUAGAAAGCAGUCUCAGUGCUCCCAUUUCCUCUCUCAGAUUUGUGCCCCCCACACACACACAUGCUCAUACACAAAUCUGUCUAUCUUACGCUCCCUCACUUUGUUUUCUUCACUUGAUCUCCCCCCUACCCCUCUCUGUCCACCUCCUUCCCUCUCUCCUCCCGUCUCUCCCACCCUUUCUCUAGAUGCUCUUUCCUCGCUCUCAACACUGUUAUCUCUGUUUAAAUUGUGAACAUCACAACAGAACAAAUGAUGUUCCUCUGUUGUGCCACACAUGCACUCUAUGCCCUCUAGUGCUUUUGCUAGGAAACCUUGGUGGCAUUUUUUGAGAGGGGGGGGUUCAUUUCCUGUGCGUGGCUGUGGAUGACGGUUGAUGGAUCACGUGGAUCACGCAUGUAGAGGAAGACAAAGAGAGUGAAAAGCAGUUAAAGCGGGAGAGUAUAGGCAGCUAAAGUAAGCAGUAGAACUGAAAACUCAUGCAUACACACAUGUACAAGCCAACAAACAGAAAAACAAGCAUCAGCCUGGGAGGAUGAGCGGAUGUGUGAGAGGCAGCUAAUAGAGCUAAUAUUACAUUAAACCUUCUGCCUGUGUGACACAAACCACAUCAGUUGCAUCAGGCUGACACAAAUCAAAAUGAUCGCUGGGCACUGAAUGUAUUCAAGCACCACAAGUGACUUCUUCUUUUAAGGAAAAAAAAAAAAAAAAGCUCAUUGAAAGCCCACCCAGAUUGUUUUGUUUGUUUAUCUGUUUUAUCUCAAACAAUGAUGCUGGUUGUGUCUUUGUCAAAUUAAAAGGGAAAAAAAAAGUUGAAAUUAGCCUUCUUUUAGUCUGUGUUGUCCGUUGAACAUCUGUCAUGCCGUCACCACACAGCCUUCCCUCCCACUGUAACACCGCAAGUUAGUCAGUCCCCAUAGCCCUGCUUUACAUCGUGGCUUUUCUUGUGCCGCAGCUGUAAAACGCCCUCGCUCCGAACUAGAACCUAACUGUGCUAUAAUGUAACACUACUGUGAAGAAAUACAAGUUGUCCCCUUCCAGCGCUUUACUAGGAAAAUGAACCACUGCUAAGCCUCGAGUUUGUUUUAUAGACAGUAGAGAAGCUUCAGACAGGUGGUUGGGCUUAAAGGGUGACAACAAUUAGUGCCAGUUAGCAUCAAAACAAUCAGUGCUUCCACUGAAGGCAAUGUCUCCCCUAUUUCGAGCUUACUAGCAAACUGUAGGCUUUACUCCAGGCCUUAUGGCUUUCAUUCAUCAUCAACAAGCUGUCCACUCUUUUGCCCUGAUGGUUGAGAAAUGAAUAUGUGUCCAAUAGGUAUUAAUACAGUAGUUGUUGGUUACAUCUUUCUUCACUAUCUGUUUUGUAAUCUUGGUUGGUUAAAAGGUGAAUGAAAGUGCGUUUGUAUGUGCAUUACUUUGUAUUUAGCUCAUCAGAAUGAAAGUGUGGAGGAUGAUGCUGUAAUCAACAAACCAAAAAGCCUUCUUCUCUAUAAACUAACUCCUUGCCAUCAACACAUUUGUUCUCAUGGUUGUUGAUGUUGUAUAAUCCAACCCUUUAAAUACAAACUUUAACCACCACGCCCAUCGUCCUGUAAACAUUGCUGCAUUUGGUAGCAUCCACAAAUGAGGUUCUGUACUUUGAUUUUGUCAUGUUUGGGGAGUGGAAGUCCUCCAUUUCACUGUGUGGAGUCAGAAGGCCAACAGACAAAUGUCUAGGGUGGUCCCCCAGUUUUAUCAGGGGGAGGUGGUCAAAUAAAUGAAAACCCCGUGUCAGUGUCAAGAUAGACUCUUGGAUUAUUUGAGCCUUCCUUGUGCAGGAAAUGUGGUGGAGCACUCGCUACUUCAGUGGCUCCACUGUUCAUGCUUCCAAAACUUUGAUACUGCUCCAGUACUCCAGGCAGGCUCAAAUCAAAAUUCUGCGUGCCAGACCAGUGAAAUGGAGGCGGAGUGUAGGAAAACACCUGAGGUUUACCACUCCAAACCGGAGGCAGGAAGGUAGAGAAACACUUGUGGGUCAGUGUUAAGGUCGCAGCCUCUGUGACCUUUUUGUCUUCUUCAAAGUUAAGGGUUCAUGAUAUGGUUUGAACUCCCUUCAGGAGGAGAAAGGAAGCUUCCUCCAAAUAUCAUUAUGUACCGGGACCAAGUCUGUACACAACAUUUUAACAAAAAUUGUUGUUGUUGAUGUUCUUUGUUUUAUUUUAUUUGUUUUUUGUUUUUUUUUUUUUUUACUGGUGCUGACAUAUAUGUGAUUAUGAGAAAAAGUAUAUAAAAGAUAAUGGCUAUUUGUAAAUAUGUUUUUACAGGUUUAAAUACAUCAGAUAAUACAGUCUCUACUCUGUAAAGAAUUUACUGUUUGUUGGAAAAUAGAGAAGUAUUUUUAUUUUGAAGUUUUUUGGUUUCCCGUUUAACCCAUCUGAGCUAUGCCAUUGCACUUCAGACAAUGUCUUACUACUAAUUUGUAUUGUAAACCUCCUCUCUUUUUUGGAAUUUUUUUCAUUUGUUUUUUCUAGUUUGAGAUUUGACUCUGUUCUUAAGCAGUGCUUAUUUCUUUUUAUUCUGUACAGAAUUCUGAAAUGUUAACAAAAGAAGAUUACAAAAGACUUUUUGUUUUUGUUUUUCAAAAAGAUACAAUAAAGAGAGAAUGUUCUCGCUGAUCAUA